AUGUCAUCGGUCAAGCGAAAAGUCCCGCCAUCCAGUCUAUUGCAGCGGAGGGUCAGACCAAGAUAUGAACCAGAGCCUGAAUCGGACAUUGAGGAUGACGCGAGCGAGUCACCCAGUGAAGAGGGUGCUGGGCCCUCGGCCUCAGAUAAUGAGGAGGACGAGGAGCUGAGUGAUGAUGAGUCGGGCAGUGGCAGCGGACGGGAUGACUCAAAAUCAGCAUCAGGUUCUUCGGAGGAGGAGGAGGGUGAUGAUGAGGAUGACGACACGCCGCACAUCGAUGCCUCCCAACUGUCGUUCGGCGCCCUGGCCAAAGCCCAAGCAGCCGUGGGCUCCUCAUCAUCCAAGCGCCAAGGCGACGACAAAGCCAAAGACAAAGAAGACGAGGGAUACGGCCACCCAACCAAGCCCACCUUCAAGAAGCCCGAGAAACGAAGUAGUAAACACGCCCCAGUGGAAAUGACGGCCAAAAAGCCCGUCUCCCGCAAGCGCGACUUCUUGACGGUCACAGCCGAGACUAAGAAGCCCCAGCCGCGCGACCCGCGCUUCAUACCCCUCGGCCCGGGCGCCGGCGCGACCUCUACCACGGGCGGCGGCAGCAAGAUUGACGAAAUCAAGGCGCGCAAGGCGUAUGCCUUUCUGGAGGAGUACCGCGAGUCUGAGAUGCAGCAGGUGCGGGAGGCCAUCAAGAAGACCAAGGACGCGGCGCAGAAGGAGAAGCUGCAGCGGGCGCUGAUGGCGAUGGAGAGCCGCAAGAAGGCGCAGGAGCGCAAGGACCGCGAGCGGGCCGUGCUCGAGGAGCACCGCAAGAAGGAGAAGGAGCUCGUGCGGCAGGGCAAGACGCCCUUCUACCUCAAGCGGUCGGAGCAGAAGAAGAGGGCGCUCGUUGAGCAGUUCCAGGGCAUGAAGAAGAAGCAGGUGGACAAGGCGAUUGAGAGGAGGCGGAAGAAGACUGCGGCCAAGGAGAAGAAGCUGCUGCCGCUGGCUCGGAGGGGCCACGAGGAUAGGUAA